GCAAUAAAGAAAAUGAAGAAGUCCAUACAUAAGUUAGGAAGUCCAAACUUUUGAUUAAUUAUUUGAGAAGUUCAAAAGACAGUACAUUUUACUACUUCUAUCUGAGAGCAAUGAAGUCUAUAAAAUAGAGUCUUCCAGAGUACUACAAAGGUCACGUUCCAGGCGAUAGAUACAAAGGAUGAAGAAAGAACACAAAAAUGAAGAAAUGUUUGAGACUCACAACUACACUAUUAUAAAGGUGGUGCAAGAUGAAGACCUAGAAAAACAGGUUGGAAAUAACAUAUGUUUUGAUCUUGUGGCCCCUGACAAGGUGAAAACUUUCCAUGUUUCAAAGGUUACAACAUUUAAUCAUUUCAAGAAAAAGCUAGCUACUGUGUUUGGCAUACCAGCUCAAUUCCAGCGCUUUUGGGUAUUUGCAUGGCGGCGAAACCAGACCUUUCGUCCGUCUCGGCCAUUGACAUGCAUUGAGGAAUUAGGAUCUAUUGGACAGUUGACAGUUGGAAACCAUGAAAAUUUUGAUUUAGAAAAUGAAGACAAAUUAACAUUUUUUCUGGAAGUGGAGCGUGGGCGGGAUUUAUGUCCCGUUGCACUUCUUAACCUGGAAAAGGAUGAUAUAUUACUUUUCUUCAAGUUGUAUGAUUUUGAAAAAGAGACAUUACGUUAUGUUGGAAGGCUCUUUGUGAAAAGUAGGGGUAAGCCAUCCGACAUUUUAGCAAGAUUAAAUGAAAUGGCUGGUUUUGACUCAGAGCAAGAGAUUGAACUUUAUGAGGAAAUUCGGUUUAAACCAAAUGUAAUGUGUGAACCUGUUGAUAAGAAACUUACAUUUAAAGCAAGCGAGUUAGAAAAUGGUGAUAUUAUAUGCUUUCAGAAAUCUUUGGCUAUGGAUUGUAAGAAACGUUUUCCUUUUCCUGAUGUGACUUCAUACUUGAAAUUUGUGCACAUUUAUGAGAUUCCUUAUUCUUCCUUCAGCCAAAGAAUCGGAAGAUUAAAAAUCAUGGAGGAGCAAAACAAAAUCAUUAUAGCUGAGGAAGCGAAUGUUCACAGAAACACUGCAGCUCAACGGUCAGAAGUGGACAUUGAGACCACUAAAGAUGAAAGUUCCAGCAAAAGAAACAAUUCAGAGUUCAUAGUAGACUCGGAAGAAGUUGAUGCUUUGAUAGAGGAUGAUGUCAUUGAUGUAAUCGACAAAGUUUUAUCAGAAGAAAUCAGCAUUUCACUGCGAUCUCAGCAUUCUGUCCUAGGACUAGAAGCGAGGAAACUGGAUCCAAACCUCCCUCAGCAACUUCUUCAGGAAUUGAGAGAUAUUGCCUUCAAAGACGACUUGGUUGAAAAUCUUAAAAAAGGGUUCACGCGGAAAGUUAACUUCAAUUCCAUCAAGGAGAGAAUUGAUGCCAAUGCAGACGUGUUCUCUUCUUGGCAAUUAGAGCAUGUCAAUGUUAUUGUUAACCUUCUCAAUAAAGUUGUGACAAUGUUUGAUAAACUUGAAAAUUUGAAAAAAGAGCGAAACACAGCUGAAAAGUGCACUGAAGAAGAUAACCAAGAAUUGAAGAGGAAAAGACAGAAAAUACUGGUUUCAAAAGCUUCCUUCACCAACCACCAAACAGAACUCAAAUCUCUAGAUGUUCAAAUUGCUGAUCUUAAAGGGAAACUUGAAAAAUUACAAGGUGACAGGGUUAAAAUGGUUGAGAUGCAAGAUCAAGAGAAAGAUAAGAUCACAUCUUUCAACAAAGAAGUUAAAUCAAUUAUAUAUCGCCUUGCUGAUGAGAAAAUGAAGUUGAAAAGCGUUGAGUGUAAUAUCUUAGAGGCCCAAACUGAAUUAGAAAGUCAUGAGAAGAUGUACAAGACCUUUAGGACAAGUCCUCCAUUUUGAUUUAUGUAUUUGGAUGAUCUUUUUGGCCACAACUUUUUUAGUUUCGAUGCUGCUUUAGCAUGCUAGCCUUCAAUGAUAAAUUUUCACAUUUCUUCUUUUCUCUA